AAUCAGAUGGUCAUUGGCCUUGCAACAUUGCCAGAACGAAUGUAGCUGGAAUGGGCGGUGUGACGUCAACAGACGUCACUGCACGUGCUUCCAAGGUUUCUACAAUGACGAUUGUUCCGGUGACUGUGGAUGUCAAGGCCACGGAACUUGCAAAAACGACAACACGUGUGAUUGUGACGACGGGUGGGCGUGGUCACACAACCUACAUAAAUGUGUCUGGGAGUGUGACUGUCCCCAGGGAGUUAGUUGUAUGGGUCCCGGCAUUUGCGAAUGCACAGAAAACUGCAAAUAUGGCACGUGCUGGAAUGGUCAAUGCGAGUGUUGGGCUGGGUAUACUGGCCACACGUGUUCAAAAUACGACCCGCUAACUAUGCCCAACAGGAAGGUUAGUGUUGGAAUCAACCUGGCCGAAAUAACUUACUACUCCAGUGAAGUAAAAUUUGUAGACGUGGCGAAAGAGUCCAUGGAAUGGAUAACGCAGAGACGGGAAGGGGUGCUGGCACACCAAUGGAACACCCACGAGGAGGCGAAAGUUCACUUUGACGAUGACGGAUAUCCUACCCAAUUAGAAGACACAAUGAUACUGGUGACCUUGAUACUUCGCCAAGGUCACUGGAGUCCUGCCGGUAACUACACAAUCCUUUACGACGGCGAGGGAGAACUUGGCCUGGGGCUCGUACACUUCACCCGUAUCUACGAGGGCAAAGGACGCAUGAUGGUAAACAUGGAUCCUGGUUCCGGUGGUAUUGAGCUGAAAAUUAUGCGCACAAACCAGCAAAACCAUAUCCGGAACAUCCGUGUCAUACUUCCUGGUUUUGAGGACAGACAUGCGCACUUCCCGUACAACCCUUUGUUCCUGGAGACAAUAACACGGUACUCCGAGCUCCGAUAUAUGGAUUUCAUGCAUACUAAUGCACACCAGCCCGAACCAACAACAUGGGCAACUCGAAGGAAACAGACGUUUCACACCCAGACAGGAAGUUACGGCGCCGCCCUAGAAUACAUGAUACUGCUUAGCAACAUGAUUGGCGCCAGUCCUUGGUUCAAUAUUCCUCAUGCAGCAGAUGACGAUUAUAUACGGGAACUAGCCACCUUCGUCAAAACAUCCCUUCGUCCGGACCUUAAAGUUUACCUUGAGUAUUCUAACGAAGUGUGGAAUGGAAUAUUCCGCCAGAAAGUAUACUCGGUGGAAAAGGGCACACAACUUGGUCUAGACAGCCAAGGUUAUAGAGCUGGGAUGAAAUAUUAUAAUAAAAGGUCAUCUGAGGUCAUGGGGAUAUUCCAAUCGGCGUUUGGUAUUGACAGUGAGGAUAGACUUGUUCCUAUAUGGGCAUGGCAGACUGGUUACCAGGACUACUACCAACAAGCACUGGAUGACCUCGGUAACAGGACACGUGACUUUAAAGCUCUAGCGAUCACUGGAUACUUUUCAUGCGACGGUGCUGCAUCUAAACAUAAAACGGACCUACCACAGAUGACGAUGAGUGCGAUUAGUGACCUAUGUGACCUGGACCUCCCUUCCCAAAAAAACAUGUACAGUCAUUACAUGGAUGUAGCAAAGAACCACAGUCUAUCACUGGUGAUGUAUGAAGGAGGACCUGCCGUCAUGGAACCAGGGGCUAUUUCACAUGGUUCUUCAAAUGAUGACGUCACAACUAAAGCCAUCGCAUUUAAUUCUGACCCUCACAUAAAGGACAAUGUGAUGGCGAUACUGGAAGCCUGGAAGAGCAUUGUUACUGACUCCCCCGGAAAUCAAGCCCCUGGUGGACUUUUCAACUACUUUUCAUCCGCCGGAUUUCCCAGCAAAUACGGAAGUUGGGGAAUGCUACGCUACACUGGCGAGGACCCUCACAGCGUCCCAAAGUACAUGGCUGUUCAAGAGUUCAUCACCAAACACCUCAGUCAUGACGUUCUUGGAAACAAAUGUUCGUUUUUGAUAAGUGGAAAUGUUGCAUUCGGAUGUUUUAAGCCACGCGAUAGACAUGGAUGGCAGUGUGGAAAAUCUUAUAAUCACGGAUCGGCCUGGGAGUACCUGCCAGAUAUUCCGGGACAUGACAUUCUAAAUAUUCUGGACGGGUAUAAUCAUGCCACUCACACGCUGUUUGUCCGGACUGUUGAUGCGUUGGGCGUUAACCAAUAUCAUGUGACCGAUACGUACCACUUCAAUUGGACAACCACUGAUAGUUGGACCUACCAUUCAAUGCUGGCCUCUCGUCACGUGACACGAAGUCUCCCAAUGGGAGAUUAUCGAAAUCUUGCCACAACGCAUGUUGAUUGCUUAUAUCAAGCACAAGCACCUCCACCACCAUUAGGCUGACCACUGUAAU